AUGAAUGCGCUCAUCCUAGUCGGGGGGUACGGCACGAGGUUAAGACCGCUCACCCUGACAACCCCCAAACCACUAAUCAGCUUCUGCAACAAGCCAAUACUGGAACACCAAAUCUUUAAUUUGGCACGAUGUGGAAUCAGGGAAAUAAUUUUGGCCAUAGCUUAUAAACCCACGCACAUAACGAAUUUUGUGGAUGACCUAGAAAAAAAAUACAACGUUAAAAUUAUUUACUCUAUUGAAGAGGAGCCUUUGGGCACGGGAGGGCCAAUAAAAUUGGCAGAGAAGUAUUUGAGCAAGUACGAUGAUUUUUUUGUGUUCAAUUCGGACAUUAUUUGCUCCUUCCCCCUUUUGGAGAUGAUGAGCUUCCACAAGCAGAGCAAUGCGCCACUAACGAUUUUGGUGAAGGAAGUGGAAGACCCCAGAGCGUUCGGAGUAGUCAUAACGGAAGAAAAUCGAAUUACCAAAUUUGAGGAGAAGCCGCAAGUCCCUAAGUCGAGCUUAAUAAAUGCAGGAAUUUACAUAAUGAACAGAGAAAUCUUAAAUCGCAUUCCGAUGAGGAACACGUCGCUCGAGAAGGAAAUAUUUCCCCAGCUAGCCAAAGAGAACAUGUUGUAUUUUUACGUAUUAAAUAAAUUUUGGGCCGACAUUGGCAAGCCGAUGGACUUUUUAAAGGGACAGGCGUUGUACUUGGAGGAUAUGAAGGAGAACAAGGAAAGAGAAAUAGAAGGGAAAGGAAAAAUAGCGAAAGAAACAACUACUGCAAAGGUAACCGAGACAAAACCCAUCACGGAGGAGUCCAUUCUGAGAGACCACUUCCUCAUACGCUACGGCAUAGCGGACAAGGAAAAUGGCGCAAAGAGUGGCAGCAAGAAAAACCUUUUUAUAACAUUUGAAGAUAUAAACGAGUUGGAGGAAUUUACCCAUAGGAAGAGCCACCUCUUCGAUGAAAUCCUUGUGCACACAAAAGUCGAGGGAAAUGUGUUGAUUUCAUCCAAGACGAUCAUAGAAAAAAAUUGCGUCUUGGGAGAUAACGUCGUUCUGGGGGAAAACGUCACCAUUGGAGAGGGAUGUCGCAUAAAAAAUUCUUGCGUCAUGAGCAACUCCACCGUCAGUUCGUAUUCCUACAUUGAGAACUCCAUCAUUGGCUCCAAGUCGAGGGUUGGAAGCUGGUCUCGUAUUGAGGGACUAUGCGUGCUGGGCGAGAACGUCAUUUUGAAGCCCGAAAUUUUUGUCAACAAUGCCUUCAUUCUGCCCUUCAAGGAGGACUACCUAGAGGGGUACAACAAAUACCUAAAGUACGACAACUGCAUACUUGUGGAACAUGAGGAGGAAGAGAGCAAAAGUGCGAAAGGAGAAAACUGCGUGAAGGAUAAGAACAUCGUCCGCGUCAUACAAGAAAUCCGAAAAAAUUUACGGUCAAAUGUGCUAUACAAAAAUGAUAGGAAAAAUGUCCUCUUCAAUGAGCCCCUAUAUAAUAUGUUUCCACUCAAAUGUCUGAAGGACAAAAAAGUGGACAAAAUUUCCUACGUGUGUAGAGUGACAAACGAGGAGGAUGCAACUGUUUGUCUUAAAAAAAUACACGACAUUGUUUCGAAGAUGUAUGUGAAGAAUAUGCUCAUCGAGAAGGACUUUCUCGAGGACCUCUUGUCCGUUUUUAUGGAGCUAUGCAGGCAGGUCUCCGUGACGUGCUUCCAGCGAGGAUCCCUCCUCAGGCAGCUGUUCAACUACAACACCAUGCUCCUCUUCCACUACCAAAAAUUGGUCAGGUCAUCUCUGGCCUUCAAUUUAAAGAAGGAAAUAAAAAGGAGACACACGAUGAGCGAGCUGCGCAAAGAAAUAGAGCGCAAAAAGGAGGCCAUAAAUUCUUUGAAGAGCGAAAUUUUGGACACGGACCAGCUGAUCGGGGAGGAGAGGAAGAACGCGGAGCGGGAGAUUUCCGAGGUGAACAUAAUUUAUCAGAACAAAAUAGACAAGCUGAAGAAGAACAACCAGAGGAAGCGAGACGAGUUCACACGGCUGCUGCAGCUCUGA